AUGGCAACAUCACCCUUUCUUCCGCUUCGGCGACUUCUUAAGCAGCCUGCAACAUUGGCCUCCCCUAACGCGCCAAUCUUGCAAACCUUCGCCCGUCGUCAGCAGGUUUGGCUCCGACGCUAUCACCAAGGCAUCAAUGCAGGCACAGCAUCGCAACCGAAAAGCCCUUCCCGGUUUCGCAAAGCCAUCAGCUUCGGCGCAUUUGGACUGCUGUUUACGAGCCUGGGUUUCGCUGCAGCGGCGAGCCCCCUACUGCCCGGUCUGCUUGACGCGGCAAGACCCCGGUCUGAUGAAGAUACCCUGCAAGCCUACGUACCCGAAAACGACGAGGCCGCAGUGGUGAAUGAUUUCGUCAACAACCACCCUAUUGCGGCCGAGAUGCGCCGGAAUCCCGACAUGACUGAAUCUCGGCCCCACAUGAGACUCCCCGAUGCGCUGCGGCGGCAUAAUCUCACUGGCGGCACGCUUCUUGGGCCGGGUCGAAUCACAGUUCCCCCUGUAUGCUGGACUGAAAAGGGAGGCAAGUCUCUUGUUUCAAUCUCCCAUCUGGGCACAGACGUUUGUGGUCACCCUGGCAUUGUUCAUGGUGGAUUGCUUGCUACAAUGCUGGACGAGGGUCUGGCGCGAUGCUGCUUUGGUGCUCUUCCACACAAAGUGGGCGUUACGGCCAAGCUUGAGAUCAACUAUAGAAAACCAGUGCACGCAGGCACGUACGUUGUUUUGCGGGCGCGUACGACAAGAGUAGAAGGGCGCAAGGCAUGGGUUGAGGGCCAGCUGGAAACGCUCCCGGUGGAUGGAGAAGAGCCUCUCGUCCUAGCGCAAGCCUCUGCGCUUUUUGUCUCCCCCAGAUUUGCAUCUGUAAUGGCGAAGCUGAAUGCGACUUGA